AUGCUGGGUGUGUGCCCCUCACUGUCCUGGCUGACAAUCAAUGCCCUCCUUUUCGAAGCGAAACCUCCCACUUGCAACGUCGAUUCCUCGCUAGCAGGCCGCGCCCAACUCGGCGCCCCGGUCGCAAGGAUGGCUCGCGUCUACGCCGACGUCAAUCAAAACAUGCCCCGUAGCUACUGGGACUAUGACAGCGUUAAUAUCGGCUGGGGCGUCCUGGAAAACUACGAGGUUGUUAGGAAGAUCGGCCGCGGAAAGUACUCCGAGGUCUUCGAGGGCAUCAAUGUCGUCAACUACCAGAAAUGCGUCAUCAAGGUCCUCAAACCUGUUAAGAAGAAGAAGAUAAAGCGUGAGAUCAAGAUUCUGCAAAAUCUGGCCGGGGGGCCGAAUAUCGUUGCCCUCCUCGACGUGGUCCGGGACUCCCAGAGCAAAACACCUUCCCUCAUCUUCGAAUACGUAAACAACACGGAUUUCCGCAGCCUCUACCCAAAGUUCAACGACAUCGACGUCCGCUAUUACAUCUACGAGCUGCUCAAGGCCCUGGACUUCUGUCACAGCAAAGGCAUCAUGCACCGCGAUGUGAAACCUCACAACGUUAUGAUCGAUCACGAGAACAGGAAGUUGCGCCUCAUCGACUGGGGCCUGGCCGAGUUCUACCACCCAGGAACCGAGUACAACGUCCGGGUGGCGUCGCGAUACUUCAAAGGUCCCGAACUGCUUGUAGACUUCCAGGAGUACGACUACAGCCUGGACAUGUGGAGUCUCGGCGCCAUGUUCGCCUCCAUGAUCUUCCGCAAGGAGCCCUUCUUCCACGGCAACAGCAACGCCGACCAGCUGGUCAAGAUCGCCAAGGUCCUCGGCACCGACGACCUGUUUGACUACCUCGACAAGUACGAGAUUGAGCUCGACGCCCAGUACGACGACAUCCUGGGCCGCUUCCAGAAGAAGCCCUGGCACAGCUUCGUCAAUUCGGAGAACCAAAGGUUCGUCAGCAACGAGGCCAUUGACUUUUUGGACAAGCUGCUCCGCUACGAUCAUGCGGAACGCCUCACGGCAAAGGAGGCCAUGGCUCACCCUUACUUUGCCCCGAUCCGCGACGAGGCCACCCUGCAGCAGUACCUGGCGGGGGGCACGCAGUCUUAGGAGGCGAGCGGCUUCACCUGUGCGCCGCUCGCCUUACUGUUUCGCCGAUAUAACUAGGCCCCUCCUCACCUCUUUUUUUUUCAGCUUGCCUUGUGGUGCCGUCGCGGAGGUCGAGUUUACCGGGUACGGGGAUCGUAUCGUAUCCUUUCCCUGAAUGAUAUUCCCAUGCAACAGCGGCGCGGACGUGAUGUCUUAUGGAAAUGGAACGGUUUGCGUUGGGUGGUCCGGCAAUUGCAGUAGCGUGUAUUUUUCGGUCUUUUUAUUGUUUUUCGCCUUAUUCCAUUCAGCAGUCUUCAUGUGCUGGUAUUUGUGUGCCUCGUGGUGUGAAAAAUACUAGGAAAGCACAUUGCAUGGCAUGAUGUUGAUGGGUCAGUGGAGGGAUGGGAAUGGUUAGGCUGGUCGGUCGGUUGGGUCACUCCUGGGAUUACAGCCUGUGUGGUUAAGGGCUAGGCAGGCUAGCAAAGUACUACCUGUAC